UGCCCCAUAUAUAUUACGAAAUAUUAAUGAUCCUCGAGAUCCUCACUGAGCAUAUCACUAAACAAUUGCAAAGGUAGUUAAUUAGUGAUUACUGAUCGGUAAUAACUCCUGAAAGCAUAGCAAUAGCAAGCUAUGUCUCAUAGGUAUCAUGAAGAUCAAGGUGAAGAUCAAGAAGCCCUAUGGGUAUAAGAGUAGAUAACGACCAGGAGAAGAAUGGAUUCCUUCUCAAGAAUAUCUUCGAGCCAAUAUUCAAUCACGAAUUAACUCGCGAUGUCUUCCUUCAUCAUUGACGGGCGUUUAACGCCCAUCAACCCUUCUUCCUUGAACGAUGUAACAAGUGAAGAACGAUCCAGUGCCAUCGAUUUCGUCAACCGCCACAACUUCAUAUUCCAAGAGUUCAACCAUGACAAGAUGAUCGCCACAUUUUUACCAGAUGCCGUCGUGUAUCACAGCAAGGGCACAAUCCACGGCCACGCAGAGUUCCGGGCAUUUUUUGAGAACCUGUAUGGUGCUUAUAUUCCUGGUAUCUCCCGCAGCGCUACAAACCAUAUCGUUGAUCGUGAUGGAGAUGGUGGCGUGGUGGUUAGGUAUCAGCAGUAUUUGAUUCGGUAUGGGUGGGCCGGAGACGAUGCCAAGACUGUUGCUGGCAAGAAUUUUGUGAGAGACGAUGGCCUGCCAUCGAUAUGGUGGUUCGCGCCCAUUAUUGACCGGCUAAGGAUGACUGCCGACGGAUGGAAGUUUUUUGAGCGAUACCUUGGACCGUCGUUUACAAAUCAGAGGCUUGAUCCUCCGAAGGCGUCUAAGGUUUGAAGGAACAUCUGAGGUAUUCACCAACAAUAAAAGUACUACCCCCCCCCCCC